AUGACAAGUUAUACACUGAACAAAGGAUCAUGUGGUUUUGGCUCUGUCCAAUGGUCUUUCAAACGAAGAGUUAGUUUUGCUAAAGUUUGCUUAGAAGUUAUGACUAAAGACUCUGAUGUUAAUGACAAUAACUGGGCUAUUGCUGAAUCCAAGUUUAUUUCUAAGGAACUCAAAGAUAGUUACUACAAUAAAGUUGCUAAUGCUGCAAAAAAGGCAGGCAGUACCGUUGAAGCUUGGGCUGAGGCUUUCACAGAUUACUAUGAGAGACCUGCUGGAUCCGAUCGUAACAUGUCUGCCGAAGGUAACGAGUGUAAAAAGCGCAGAGGUAUUGCCAGAUCAAUCUACGAUCACUUAAAAAGUCAGAAUGCUUUCUGA